AUGGUGCUUGACUACAGUAAAUGGGAUGCUCUCGAGCUCUCAGACGACUCUGAUAUCGAAGUCCACCCUAAUGUGGACAAGCGGUCCUUCAUCCGUGCAAAGCAGAACCAGAUCCACCAGCAACGACAGCAGCGCCGCCAUGAGAUAGCAACUCUGGGAUACGAGAGGAUUAUAAACGAUGGCCUGUUGAAACGGAUUGACGGGCUGUUGACUGCCCUGAAGAAACACGAGAGUGACUCCCGGAAUCCAGAGGAGCUCGUUUUCCAGGCUCUGAUCGAGUCUGCCGGUGACCCCAAGGAGGACCAGCCACCAGCUCCGCCAGAGAAUGUCCACACGCAAGAGACUCAGCCGAAGUACUCUCAGAUGAUGGGAUCGCUGGUGGACCAGGUCAAGAAGGAGCUAGAUGAGUCAAAGCCGGAGAACAGAUACCAGGCAUUUAUUACCGGCGUCGAGGGCCACAAGAACAAGGUGCUGGACCUCCAACAGCAGCUCCUUGAGAAGCUUGGUCAAUUGGAAAAGGAAGAGGGCAAAAAGAUUACCAGCGACAGCAUACACACUGGGUUUGACAGCUCUUUUGUCUCAUCGUCUAAGACCAAGCCUGAGCCAAAGAAGGCCCAGGAGUCGACCGUUGAGCUCCUUAACCCAAGCAGCGCAGGUGCAGAUAAUAUGGAUGUCAUCUCUUCCGGUGCAGAGGCUGAUAUUGAGGACGGCGAAGGGGAUGAGGAGGGUAUAACCGUUCGCCCUUUGACGAAGCAAUUUGCAAAGUAUAAGAUUGGGGACUACCGUGAAGCAUACUCAUUCAUCACCGAUCACCCAGAGAUAUUGACAGAGAAGAGGACUGAUGAGCUGUUGAUGGAGGCUUUCAACGCCCAGAUCUCUGGGGAUGAGACAUACGCUCGCCAGUGCGUCCAUCAUGGCCUACUAUUACAAUACUGCCGUUCUUUGGGUAAGGACGGCGUUUCUCUCUUCUUCAAGCGGAUCACUACAGAGGAUCAUCGUGCUGGUGUGAUGUUCCGUGACGAUGUUAAUGACACUUACAACCGUAUCAAGACUCGUGCAAAGGAGCUUGCCAAAUCAUCUGCUGAGGGUCAAUCGGAAGUUGAGCAAAUCCAGCUCCACGCAGUCGACCCUUCUACUAAACUUAACAUCUCAAUUCCUCCGGCUGACAGCAAAGACGAGGCCCACGUUGCCGCUCGCGACAUCUUUAACCGCUUCCCACCGGGCCUUCAGAAAGCCUUGGAAUCUGAAAGUCUGGAUGAAGUGAACAAAGUGCUGGGUAAGAUGAGUGUGGAAGAGGCGGAAGACGUGGUUGAGAAGCUAGGAGAAAGUGGCAUUUUGACAGUUGAGCAGGGGAUUGUUGAUGCCACGACGGAGGAGGGCAAGCAGUGGCUGGAGGAACUGGAGGCAGAGAAAAAAUCGAACGCUCCAGAGACAGGCAAGGUAGAGGAGACUGGGGACCCUGAGUAG